CCACAGGUUCAAGGAGGGUAGCUCAUAAAUAGAAGGGUAAUGGAUGUGGGUGGAACAGAGUGGACAUUUGGCUACUACGUCCAGGCAAACCACAACCCUCGGCCCAUUCUGAGAUUAGGAUGGCACCUCUAUGUUCGUGAAAAAGGACUGAAAGUUGGAGACAGAAUCAAGUUUCAGCGUGUGGAAGGCUUCCCGGUGCGUUACAGGAUUGCAGCAAGAAGAAGAAUUAUUCUGCUUGGUUAUGAGAUAUGGACAAACGUACGCUAAGCACUACUAUGUUAUAUGAAUGAUGUUUUGAGGCAAAACUCUGUAUUUGCUUUCUACUUUUAUGUAUGUAUUCUUGGGUGUUUCCUUUUCUUUGGAUUGUUGGCGUUUGUUGUUAUUCUGAGCUUAAUUUUAACUUAGAAUACUUUUUUUCAUUCCCUCAGGAACAGUUAUAAUUGUACAUGGAAGAGAGGAGAGAGAAUGGAUCUGUUUUCUUCCUCCUCUUCUCAAAAAACUCGAAAACUUGGU